UCGAUGGCAGGCUUACGAUAACACUGAUAGUGUAAAUGCUGCCUUUAAUGAUCUCCUUUGGUUUCAUAUCUCCUGGUUGCACCAAAAGUCAGUGCGUCGUACUUUUCUGACACAAACGAUGUUGUUACGUAACCUUGCGCUUUUUUAAAUAUUCGAGUGAGAGGAUGGCUCCUGCUGGAUUCCUAUACACCGACCUUUUUGCUCACCAUCACCUACCUCUUAACUAUCUACCUGGGAACAAAAUAUUUGAGAAACAGACCAGCACACUCACUGAAAAAUGUCUUGCUGAUUUACAACUUCUCUGUUACACUGUUGUUGUUCUACAUGCUGAUUGAGCUGAUAUCAGCAGUCUGGUCUGCAGGUUAUCGUCUUCAGUGUCAGGGAUUGUAUGAAGCUGGUGACACAGACAUCAGGGUAGCAAAAGUUCUCUGGUGGUGUUAUUUUUCCAAGCUGAUUGAGUUCCUGGACACCAUCUUCAUUGUGUUCAGGAAGAAAAACAGUCAGAUCUCUUUGCUGCAUGCGUAUCAUCAUGCCUCAAUGUUUAACAUCUGGUGGUUUGUCCUCAACUGGAUACCCUGUGGACAAAGUUUCUUUGGGCCGAUGCUAUACAGUGUCAUACACAUUCUCAUGUAUUCUUACUACGGUCUGUCCACCAUCCCAUCCAUGCAGAAAUAUCUGUGGUGGAAACGAUACCUCAUCCAGGCUCAACUGGUUCAAUUUGUUUUGAUUAUACACACGGUAAGUGCAUGGAUCGUUCCUAGUGGUUUCCCUCUGGGCUGUCUGAAAUUUCAGACUUUCUACAUGGUCACACUUGUGAUCCUAUUUGUCAACUUCUAAU